ACUGAGGCCCGGGGGGGGGGGGGGGGGGGCGGGAAGAAAGCACCGUUCCUCCGGGUACAGAACACGGGAGAUCGGGUGGCAGCCCGAGUGUCAUUUGGGGACCGGACCCCCCGCACGCGGGGCCCGGACUCAGCGAGCCGUUCCCCGGGGCGAUCCUGCGGGCGGAGGCCCGGCCCGGCCCGGCCCCGGUGGACAGCGGACGGCGGCCCCGCCCGGCACUGGAGGCUGCGCGCGGGGCUGUCACCAUCGAGGAGGCGGCGCUAGAGAGGCCGGCGGGCCCGGGCACCGCGCGGCCGCAGGGAACGCGCGCGGGGCGGGCGGGCAGUGUCCAUUUUAGGAGGAAACCCGGAUUGCUACCCGGGCGCGGCUUCAAUUUUCAAUAACUUUAUUGGUGGCCUCAUCCUCAAGAACACCCCCCCGUCGCGCGGGCGGGAGGUGAUGGUCGGGGUGGCCCCGGCGCGAGCCGCAGCCAUGGGCAACACCGCCAGCGACCGGGCGGCCGGCGAGCGCCACGGCGCCAAGGCGGCGCGCGCGGAGGGCGCCGGCGGCCCGGGCCCCGGCAAGGAGCACAAGAUCAUGGUGGGCAGCACCGACGACCCCAGCGUCUUCAGCCUGCCCGACUCCAAGCUCCCUGGGGACAAGGAGUUUGUGUCAUGGCAGCAGGAUCUGGACGACUCCGUAAAGCCCACCCAGCAGGCCCGGCCCACUGUGAUCCGCUGGUCUGAAGGAGGCAAGGAGGUCUUCAUCUCCGGGUCCUUCAACAAUUGGAGCGCCAAGAUUCCACUGAUUAAGAGCCAUAAUGACUUUGUGGCCAUUCUGGACCUCCCUGAGGGAGAGCAUCAGUACAAGUUCUUUGUGGAUGGACAGUGGGUUCAUGAUCCAUCAGAGCCUGUGGUUACCAGUCAGCUUGGCACGAUUAACAAUUUGAUCCAUGUCAAAAAAUCCGAUUUUGAGGUGUUUGAUGCUUUAAAACUAGAUUCAAUGGAAAGCUCGGAGACAUCUUGUCGAGACCUUUCCAGCUCACCCCCAGGCCCUUAUAGUCAAGAAAUGUAUGUGUUUCGAUCUGAGGAGAGAUUCAAAUCCCCACCCAUCUUGCCUCCUCACCUUCUCCAAGUUAUUCUUAACAAGGACACUAAUAUUUCUUGUGAUCCAGCCUUGCUCCCUGAACCAAAUCACGUUAUGCUGAACCAUCUCUAUGCAUUGUCCAUAAAGAUAAAGAAACUAAGGCUCAGAGAAGGUCAUAUUGCCAGUAAAUGCACGUUAAACAUUCAACACUUAAGGAGUCCAAACUUGAUGCUUGAGAGACUCCUUGACUGCUCAGAUGAGCUCAGCCACACUGAGGACAUCCAUAGGUCAGUUUCGUUACCUCCUGCUUUCCCAUGCAAAGCUGGAGGCAGUUGUCUUUGGGCAUGUAGACCUCUUAGGUCCCCGUAUGCGGCAGUAGGCUAUGGUGGUGGUGUUUUGCUGGGAAUGCAAAUUGCUAAGUGCUUUGAUGGUUAAUUGCUGAGAAUAAAUACUGCUUUAGCCACUUAAGGCCACCUUCUGCAGCAAAAGGCUUUUGUGGAGAACUCUUAUACUCCCAACCACUUUUUGAAUAGAGUGCCAUUUUAAAAAUCCAGGCCAAAUCCUAUUUUAACCAACUCUUAGGAUCUAUGUCAUCUUCAGUUAAUUCUAGACUUUUGUUUUUUUUCUAAUAUCCAUUAAAUAAGUGGGCCACUUAGGAGGAUUCAAAAUCUUGGUUUUGAAUAAAGGAUUUUGUUGCACUCAUAUUUCUGAUCAACAGUAUUGAAAUGUAGUUGCCUAUAUGUUCAUGUAUUGAGAUUUUUAUUCCGCACAGGUAUGUCAGUAGAGAGGACAGGAAAAGAGACCCCUUCAAUUUCUUUCAGGCCAAAGUCUUUGUUGAAUUGGGUCUGGCUUCAGUGACAAUAGAUUUUGGUGUUGCUGACCUUUAUGUCUUUCUAAUCAGGAAAGAUGCAGAGAGCUCAGUUUCCCAAAUUCUGAGGUCAUCUCUCAGCUAGAUGUGAAAUGGGAGCCUAACAGCCGGUAAGGAAGGUGAGGAACUGGAUGACUCCUUCAGUAUUGUUCCUUUUUUAUACUGCUAAUAUGUCCCAUGGCCCUGAGUAGCCCUGUCACAUUUUGUCCCCAAGAAACUGUUUCAGAAGGUAGAUGGGAGGGAGGAGUGUAGAUAGGGGGGGAAGAAGGUAGCCCCACGUUUAACCACUCAUUCUUUUGCAUUGGUUAACGGAAUAGUUUACUUUCUUUAGAGGUUAGCAGAUUUGAGAAAUGAAUAAAAGCAAGAAAAAUAUUUUUAGCUCUUUUGGGAGGGACUAUAGCAAUUUCACAAGAGUCAGAAGAAUAAGAAAAUGGCUCUCAGGAGGAUUAACCGUUCAAGAACUUCAUCAUGGUUUUGGGAUUAAGAGAAAAAGAGAAUGACUGAGUUGAGGAGUAAUACUAGGAAAAUAAAGACUUGAAUAACUGAGAACUACCCUUUUUUAAAAAAAAAAAAAUUAAAUCAGACAUAACAUAUUGGUGUCCUUGGAUUUCACUGUACAGAAUUUACUAUAAAAGACAUCAUUCCUCCAACUCUUGUUCCUGUUCUCUACCCUUUUUUCUACAUUCUGACGCAAUUUCAUUUGACAAAUAGACUUUAUCAGGGUCUCAAGUCAAACAUUACCUAAAAUAAAUGUUAGGCAUCUUGCUGGUAUGGAGAACUUUCAGUCACACUUAGAGUUGAAUGGGAUUCAACCACUAUAAGCAACACCCACGAAGGACAUACUUGGCCUUACUAGUUUGGCUUUUUUAAACAAUGCUUACAUGAUAAAGAAAUCCUAUAAAAGAAGAGUCUAAGAGAAGUUUCUGAGAGAAUCCUACAAAUCCUGGCCCACUUACUUCCCUUCAAUUAGUUCUAGUCUCUUGUAGACCUACUGAAUCUGAGAUAAAACCUUUGAAAAGUAUUGGUAAUCCAUGUAUGCUGCUAAAAUGAAGUUAAAUUUUGAAAGAAGUGUUACCUCCAGACUGGGCUUAUAUUAAUGUGGGCUGUAAAUGAAGGUAACGUACUAAUGAUAGAAUUUCCUGCUUUUAACUGGGGAAACAGGGCUUUUAAAUUUUUGACCUCAACUAAAAAUGAUAUGCAAUAGUCUAUGUUUGUGUGUGUUUGAAAUACAUUCUGUUCUCAAAGGUUUCUAAAUCUCCAUGUUCUAAUGAUUUGGGGCAUGGGUUUACUCACAGAUACAGUUUGUUCCUACAUUAUUCUGACUCAUCCUGAAGGCCAAGUUCCUGCUAUCUUUACCAGGGACUGCUGAUUCCAGUUACCAAUGGGAUGGUAGACCAGGGCAGGGGAGGGGUUACAGUCUGUCUUUUAAAAGUCUGGAUCUAGGCAUUUGUCUGGAUCUAGGCAAUUGGAGCUUGAAGGGCUAUGAUUUCUGCAAUUAACUCAAAAUUUUGGAGUAAAAGAUUUUAUUUUUAAAUUUUAAAUUAUAAGCAAAAAGAAGAAGAAAAACUCGAAUCUGCUACUUAUGAUCUCCAAUUCCUAGUAAUGGAAUCUCUCUAGGAUUCAUAUUUGGGCUUUGUCUUGAUUUGCUUUUCUCAAUUGUGCUUUGAAGUGAAUAAGUUUUGUUAAAAACUGAAAUUUUUGUUGGUUUUAACAUUAUUGGAAAUGGAUUAUGUGUAGUUCAGUACUUUUGCAUUAAGAUUGGUAUGAAAUACUAAACACUGGAUUUUGUAGUCAGGUUAAAUGGUCAAGGAGUACCUACCAUAGUAAUAUGUAUUGAUCAUCUUACUUUUCUGUUUCCGUCUACAAAGCACUAACCUUAACCAGGUUCAGGUUUUAGAACAGCCAAGCUCACUGAUGUUAUUAAUUCUAAUUCCACACUGGGCCCCAUAUGUGAGACUUGUUUGAACAUUGGUAAAUUGGAGGAUGUUGGUUGUUGUUAUACUGAAGCAUUUUAGAUUAGUGAAGCUCUGUCAUAAAGGGGAAAUAAUACUAUAAUUUGAAAAGAAUUAAACAUGUGAGUCCAUUAAAUGGUGCUUUUUGUAACCUUUAGUGCUGAGGUGCAGAGCUGCCUUUCAGUAUUUCAUAGAGGAGUAGUACUACACAAGAAUGGGUUUGAAAACUUUUCUCCAAGUGGAUUUUGUCACUGGAUUCUGAUAUGUCUGAAAUUAUGAUGUAACAAUGCAGAAAUUGUUUUUCUCCAUAACACUGUUGAAUAAAAGUAUUAUGCAGCAA